CGACACCCUCCAUAACAUGGUCGUAAAUUAUUGUAUUAUUCUUCUAAACGCGUAGUUUCAGUAGUAUCCUAUCUCUCUCCGACAAUUACUACAUUUUACACAAGAAAAGCCUUGAUAAUAUCACUGUCGGUACACAAAAAACCAGCAGAAAAAGAAAAAAGAGGAAGAGUAACAACCAAGAACCCCUUAUUAGAUCUUCAAAAACAACUAUUCUUUGAGACCCCUUUGUGUCUAUCACUUGCAGAUCCAAAUAUCUUUUCUUUUUUGCUUACAUUUUCACACACACAAAAAAGUACAGCUCCACCAAGAAGAAGAACAAAAUGGAUUCUUCUGACCAUCGUAAGAGAAAAAGGAUUUUCAGACCAUCUACUUAUCCUUAUUCACUUGUUUAUGUUUUUACUGUAAGGUCUUUUGUUUUAUGUUUUAGCUUCGUGAUUUUUAUGUUCCUUCUUUCUUAUCAUAAUAUUCCUUUUACUUCUUCUGUUUUUCGACCUGUUUUAGUUGUUUCUAGCUUAUCUUUACUGUCUUCUUCUUCUGACUUGUAUUCUACUUCUCAUUCGUUUCAAGAUUUGAGUAGUUCUUUAUUGGAUUUAACUAUUGAGGGUCGGGUUCUUUUUCCUGAUCAUGUGUUGCUAAUGGUAAACAAGAACGAUUUAGCUGUUAAGGAUACGGAUUUUGAGUGUGUUUAUGGUAGUAAUAUAGAAGGUGAUGGUGUUGUAGUGAAGGAGAAGGCAUUUUCUGUUGAUGUUUAUGGUGAAUCUGAAUCCGGGGUACUCGUUAGAUGUCCACUCCCUCCAGCUAAUUAUUCAGCUGUGGUGAAUUUGAGGAGUUUUAGGAGGAGUGGGGUGAUGAAGAAGAGUAAUCAGACGGUGAAUUCGUGGGAAAAUGUGGCGUAUGCUGCUACUUUGGAUGGUAAUACAGUAGUUGUGUUUGUAAAGGGAUUGAAUUUGAGGCCUGAUAGAGAAUCGGAUUCGAGGCAGUUUAGUUGUCAUUUUGGUGUAGGAAGUUUUGAAAAAGAUGGAAGAUAUGCACUUGGAACUAAGGCAAUUACUGCUGCUCAAGAAGUUGUUAGGUGUUCGGUGCCAUUGAGUAUAGUGAAGAGUCCUGAGAAGGCUCGUGGUAUACGAGUAACUAUCGGUAUGUUGCCUCAUAUUCAUGCUAAAGCUAAUGAGCAUGUGUUUUUGCCUUCAGUAGCUAAGAUUAGUGACUUGAAGUAUGAGAAAAGGAAGAAUGUUGGAAAUGUGAAGUAUGAUCUUUGUGUGUGUACUAUGGUGUGGAAUCAAGCUUCAGCGCUUCGCGAAUGGAUCACGUAUCAUUCUUGGCUUGGAGUUGAAAGGUGGUUCAUUUAUGAUAAUAACAGUGAUGACAAUAUUAAAGACGUCAUUGAAGAACUUGAGACGGAGAAUUACAAUGUGACACGACAUGUUUGGCCGUGGAUCAAGACUCAAGAAGCAGGUUUUUCGCAUUGUGCUCUUAGAGCAAAGCAAGAAUGCAGUUGGGUAUCUUUCAUGGACGUGGAUGAGUAUUUCUAUUUUCCGUAUUCUACACCAGGGCAUCAAAGUUUAAGAAGCAGAGGCUAUGCUGGACAGCAUUCCCUUCGAUCUCUCGUGGCAAAUUUAUCAUUGUCGUCACCAAGAAUUGCAGAGAUUAGAACAACUUGCCAUAGUUUUGGACCAUCUGGUCUGAAUUCAGCUCCCUCUCAGGGUAUCACUGUCGGAUAUACUUGUCGUCUUAAGAGCCCUGAGAGACACAAAUCAAUCAUACGCCCCGAUGCUUUGGACACCACUCUUCUCAAUGUGGUGCAUCAUUUCCACUUGAGGAAAGGAUUUAGGUACAUGAAUUUGCCACAAAGUACUGCAGUGAUAAAUCAUUACAAAUACCAAGUGUGGGAGGUUUUCAGAGCGAAAUUCUUCAGACGAGUGGCGACAUAUGUUGCUGAUUGGCAGAAUAAUCAAAAUGAAGGAUCAAGGGAUAGAGCACCUGGUUUAGGGACAGAGGCCAUUGAGCCACCAAAUUGGCCAUUACAAUUCUGUGAAGUUUGGGAUACCGGCCUUAGAGACUUUGUGUUGUCAAACUUUGCUGAUUUAUCAACUGGUUUAUUGCCUUGGGAGAAGUCUUCUUUUUAAUCACUGAUGAAUUCCAUUGUUUGUACUUUGACUUAUUCGAAGCAUUGUAUAUCCAUUCCAAGGAACUCUAGGGCUUUGUUCAUCUUUGGACACAAACACUAUUCCGUUCUCAGCGGAAAUCUGCCUUGGAGAUUGAACAACGUUAAUUAUAAGUCACGUUCAAUCUAAGCUAGAGAGCUUGAAAAAAGGCCCGAAUCCAGUCCCACGGAACAAUGAAAGCUUCAUAGGUCUUUCUGUCCAGGUGCAGGUAGUUUGCCUUUGUAGAGAAGAUCACUAUAAGAUUCAAUUCUUUCUUCAUUCCAUUGAUAUUGUGUCUGAUUUUCUUUAGCUUUUUUAGACAAGAUAUUUACACAAUAGCUUAGAAUAGGAAUUUUUUCCUUCUUCUUUUGAAUAUAUUUUGUAAUCUUUCUACAGUGUAACAUGAUAUUUUCAUUAAAUGAGAUCUACUCAGUCAAUUCUUUUA